AUGGAACCUCAACCACCAUCGUUGCCACCUCACAAAGGCACUCCGGCUCGGCGACGCCCGAAGCGACCCGUCAACUCGCCAGCGCGCAAGACUUAUGCUUCCGAGAACGACAUGCCGAGUGAGGCUCUCUUUCCGAUCGAGCUCGCGGGGCCCUUCACCCCCCAAAAGUCGGCGUCCAACAGUCCAGCUCCCUUGUCGCAGCCGCAUGCGGGCAAAUCGAAGGCUCGGAACGGAAACAAAGGGCGAGCGAAGCAGGUGUCGUCGCCGGGGCCUGCAAAGCAAGGUCGAACAACACCUCCACAGACCACCUCAGUCAAGCCGAUCACCGCGGCCGCUUUUGCCGGCGCAACAUUCCAUGCGUCUCCCGCGCCCGACUCCCUUCCCAUCCCCAGCUUCCUGUCCAGGGCCCUAGACUCGCCUUCGGUGCAGGAAACCGACCACGCCAGCCGUGAGCCUUCCCCCCCUGUGACCGAUUCUGAGGCCGCUCCCACGCCGCAGCACCGUCUCCUACCCACAAACACGUCCCGGCAUGAGUCCCCCCUCGAUAUUUUCUUCCGUGCCGACAGGGCCGAAAAGGAACGGGCGCGCCGGGCAAGCUCCGCCAAUAUCCUCGGGUCGCAGCCGAUCCCCUUCUCUCCUCCCUCCCAGAUCCGUUCCCCGACUGAGCCGAAGACACUCCCCGGAGCCAUGUUCGGCGCCAACAAUCGCCGCCCCUUCCCCCAACGCAAUCCCUCAUCUGGUAUCCCCACCAGCGAGCUCGACGGUGUGCCGAGCACGGUGAUUGGGCCGGCGCUCUCCAAGCCUUUCCAGGAACGGAUCCGAGAGGCCCGAUCCAACAAGAAGCCGCCCGAGCCAGCACAUAAUCCGUUGCCAUCUCCGCAGGACCAGGCGGCAAUGGAUAUGAGCGAGAGGUUGAAGAGGUUCCUGGCGAUUCCCUCAAACCCAAGCGAAGGGCCUUCCGCUCUGGAAAAUUCCGCGCCCCAGACGGCGCCCUGGCCGACGCCCUCCAACCAUCCCUCGCAUCCAUUCUUGUCGGGUGCCCAACCCCCGCGGUCCGCCGACUUCCUACCCCCUUUUUCAGCAGGGAAUCAGCCAUCGAAGUUCAGCGAGAUGUUGUCUCCGUUCGCCCCCGAGAAUAUUCCAAACAUCUCGCCGCCGGCGUCGUCGAAAGGUACGCCUCCGGCCACCAACAGUCCGACUAAUGGCCGGUCAGCCGACCUUCUGCACAUGGAGGAUAGCCUGCGGCGCAUGCUAAAGAUGAAUCCUGGGCCGGCCCCGGAAACGCCGCCGCGGCCGAAUUAUCGGAGUUCCUGA